AGCGGUUCGCGGGUGUCGGUGCCGCCCGGCCGCCCCUGCCGCUCCGCGCCCGCGCCCGCCGCUCGCCCUCCCUCCGCGCCGCGCCGGGCUAUGGACUCCGACUCCUGCGCCUCCCCGUUCGCCCCGGAGGACUUCUCCCCCACCUCCCGGAGGCACCGCACCGUGGAAGACUUCAACAAGUUCUGCACCUUUGUCCUGGCCUACGCCGGAUACAUCCCCUACCCGCAGGAGGAAACGCCGCUGAGGAACAGCCCCAGCCCUCCCAACAGCACCGGUGGCACCAUUGACAGCGAUAGCUGGGACCCCCGCUUCAAUGACAUCCCCUCCUCGGUUUCCCUUCCUGCCAAGAACAGAAAAAACUUCAGCCAGCUGAAGCGAGCAAAGCCUUACAGUUCCCUGUUCCAGCGGGCAAAGCCCGGCAACUUCCUGCCGGAGCGAAAGCAGAUCGAUAAAAUCAGAAAGAAGAAAAAGCUGAAGAGAAGGGAAACAGAGGUGUCUGCAGAGGAAGACUAUGAGGAGAAGCUGCUGGAGCUGGAGGCGGAGGACUCUUACACAGAGACACCAAUGAGCCCCUCGUCUGAGGGUGACCCUCAGUCUGUGGCUGAGCACUGCUCAGUCUGGGACUCUGACACGGCCUCCAGCGUCACCUACCCCACAGGGACGGGCGAGCAGGCGGUGGAGAUCCAGAGUGUGGGCAAACGAACGGUCAUUCGGCAGGGCAAGCAGGUCGUCUUCCGGGACGAGGAUGGCACCGGUGAUGAUGAGGACAUCAUGGUGGAUUCGGAUGACGACUCCUGGGACCUGGUCACUUGCUUCUGCAUGAAGCCUUUUGCCGGGCGGCCGAUGAUCGAGUGCAACGAGUGCCACACCUGGAUCCACCUCUCCUGCGCCAAGAUCCGCAAGUCCAACGUCCCAGAGGUCUACAUAUGCCAGAAGUGCCGGGACUCCAAGUUUGACAUUCGCCGCUCGAACCGCUCCCGGACGGGCUCGCGCAGGCGCUUUCUGGACUAAGCGAGGAGGCGCGUGCUGCUGCGCUGCUCGGGCGCCAGGUGAGCCGUGCCAAGCACAGACACCGGCUGGGGGCCGGGCAGAGUCCCCCGAACUGCUGCUCCCAGGCCAAGGGCUGCCCAGCCUGCCUGCGGUACAGGGAUGAGGUACUGCCGAGUCGUGGAUGGCCGGGGUGGAAGAAGCAGACUGGUCAAAACUGCCGCUAGAUACCAAUUAGCUCAAGAGACAAAUUAAGCUCUCUGGGUUCGGUGGGGUUUUGUCCAGUUACAACUAUGAGUUGGACGAUGUUUUGGGAAUGUAUAAUAUCUUUGCCACGAGUUUUUUCUCAUCCCCUUGGGAAACUGCAAACCUUCUCUGUGCUAGAAAACUCAUCCUCUGAGGAGGGAGGAGGAGGAGGGAAUCUGUGUGAAGAGUCUGAAAAGUAAAUGGCCCCGUGUUUUAAUUUUAAUGUAUUAUUAUACCUGCCCAUUUGUCCGUAUAUAUCGAUCUUAGAUAUUCUAAGGCUCUGUAGGAGUGAGUGUGAAUGCAUACCAACCUCUGCGUGAUCUGCCUCCUCUUCCACGGGCCGGGCAGGAGGUGAGUGCAGUGAUUUGGCGCUGUGUCAUGACAGGACUUCACCCUGCUCUGGGGGAGCGGUGCGUGUAGAGAAAGAAGGCUCCUUUCUUUGGACAGGCAGCGCUGGCAAUUAGUUGACAUCAGAUUUCUUAGAAGUCUCUUAACGGUGAUUUUUUGUGACUUUGUUCUGCAUGAUUGGCUCAAAUGUGUUUGGGGGGAAAACCAUUUGCUCUGUGUCCUGGCCCUUUGUUAAACUCUAAGGUGCUGUUUUAAGAUGACGAUUCUCUCUUUUCUCAGCCCAGAAUUCAAGCGUGGACUGUAAAAGAGGCUGUAGUAAAUGUAGAACCUGGCCAGUCUGGUUCGAGAUUUGAUCAUUUCCAUCAGUACUACAGCUGAGUUGACUUUGUUUCUGCGGUUUAUUUUUUGAGACCAGACUUGUAAUCAGAAAACCAAAUUCUUUAACCUGUUGGCUGCUAAUUACACAUAAAAAAAAAACCCACAAGUGCAGGCUAUGCAGCUAGCAAGGUGAAGUGUAACAAAGAUUCAUCUGGUGCUGGGAAGGACAAGAGAGUGCAGGGAGUCCAGGCUUGUUUGCGAGGCCACCAAGAUGGAGGCAUUGUCCCUCAGUGACCAAACAGAGCAAGCUGUAUGCAUUGUGCAACUUAGGUUUAUGAUUUUGAGACAUUUCUCUGAAGUUACACCUGAUGAAUGUGUUCUCUGUCCCGUGAGAUGAGGAGAGUCAUUGGCUGGCACUGGAGCUUAUGUGAGACCAGCUGUGCUGCUACGGACGCGUGGCGUCGCUGCAGACAGGGCCGUCAGACCACUGCCUUACCUGAGCGCGGCGCCCUGGUGAGCAGCAGGUCUUCGCACGCGCAGUCGAACGCCGAACGCCAGGCUGCCAAAGCUCGGUGCAGGCAGCUCAGCACUGCGGCGCCCCGGGGCUCCGGUGUGGGAUGUGGGCACGGCUGUGUCGGGACGAUGGAGCUGCACGCCGUGCAACUGCUCUUCAGCCUUGGUUCUGCAUACAAAUCCCACCCCGCCACACCGUAACAACUGACUGUAGGUUCUGAAAACCAGCUCCAGCUUCUGCUAAAACUUAGACUGUGACUGUGGUAUGCUGCCUUCCAGAGGCUAAGUGCAGCCGCCGAGGAGUUUGCCAAAGACUUGCCCUUAUGGCUGCCUGACUGCUGUUUGCAGCCAGAAAUACAACCAAAGUUCUCUAAUGCUGCCAUUUCACUCUGCAAACAGAAAGGCUUUGGAAGAUCCUGGUUGCAAACUGCGAGGGCUGGACCUGCUCUGAGCACUGGCAUCUUUGUUUACAGCGUGUCUGCAAUUCAACUGGACCUCCUGGAAUGUGUUCUGAAGUUUUAAGUGUUAAACGGCCAAGCAAACUGCCUCUUUUUCCCAGAGGUUAAAUACUAAUCAAUGUGACUGACUCUUGUUCUGUUACCUUUUCAGAUUUAUCCCAAUAGAUGGUGUCUGACAAGUCCAGCACAUUACAGUAUCAGCAGAGAGAAAAAAAGUAACAUCUCCAUUUAGUUCAUCACUUUCAGCCAUAUAUAAUUAUAGUUUAAUUCAGAACUUUAUUUUUUCAUUAAAACUGUUUUAAUGAACCAUGUUUUUUUUUUUAAGUGAAACAAAUGAAUAAUGACUUUGCUUUACUCUGGAUUCAAGAGUCUGCUAGUAUGAUUUACUGGUGUGCAAAACAGUUGUGCUGGGUGGCAGCAAGACUUGGAUCACCUUAAAAACUGAGUCUCUGUUGCUUACAGCUUCUGUUUUAAUUGUUGGUGAUGUAUAGAGCAACGAACAGAAGUCCCAGAGGAGGCUGCAGCUGUAAGAUGGCAGUUUGUCACAGAACAAAGUUGUUAAAAGGAGCAGUUUCUCAAGUAGGGCUAUGCUCACAGUCUAUUUAAGACUUUGCAAUGACUGGCAGAAAAUGAAGAAGAGAGGAGGAAGGCUGGAAUUUGGUAUUCAGCAGGAAAGAAAGCCUGAAGCUGGGGUGUAAGGGAGAGAGGCGGGCAAGGGGCUCCACCGUGUGGACGCAGCUCAGCAGUGCCUGACUUGCAAACCGCAGGGGAGCAAAAAUGGAGUUUGCACGUUGACUGCUGUGGAGAAGAGCCUGCUGCGGGAGCUGUGCCUCACGGAGGGGAAAAGCCACUGGUAGUGCUUUCACGGAAGGGAGAAACAGAAGUCUGAAUCUUCGGUGGGCUGAUAUGGCAGGGAAAACAAACCUUAGUAAACACUUAGCAAAUGAAUGGGGCGAGAUCUGUGUCAGUAAUUUUACUUCAAGAAUUAUGACAUCAAGAGAUGAAAAUUAAGAUUCACCUGUCCUUUGCGUGAACUGCUUUACAAUUAGACAACGAUGGUUCUGAUACGGUGGGGGAAGAAAGAAUAGAGUGGGAAGGCAGAGGAACUGAGUUUUCUUUGCUAAGCUGUAAUGACAAAGAAAGCAUCUGCUUGAAUCUAAGCCCUGCCAGGGCGGCUGAGCUGUCCUCAGGUAUGAAUGCUCAGGGUGACUGGCAGCAGGGGAGGCUGUAAGGCUUUCACAGCACAAGUGGUACCCAGAGCUGUGGCUCCUUGGAGCGGCCAUUGGCUGAAUCAUACUGCGACAGCAGGAGCUGAGGGCUGGCACAGAGGAGCAUGGAAAGGAAGACAGGGAAGAUGACAAAAAGUAAAACCUUGACCUGCAUCUCCAGCUCAGGAAUUCCCAGUUUAAAGGCUCAAGAUCAGAAGGCCAGCAUGCAGUCACGGAUCCUCAUAAAGGUAUUUCAAACCCUAUUUCAAACCUUUUGCUCUGCUAGCUCAGGUAGCAAAGGAUGCACUCAGGUAUCUGGCAUUCUGGUUUGCACCCAAAGAUGCUCACUACCCUGUUACUGCAAGCAUUUAAGUAAUUACACUGUAAUUACAUUACUGCAGUACCUCCAUGACUCCAUUACACUAAGGAUGUACUUCACAGCUCAGAAAUGGCCUCUUUUCCAGGUGCUGUAAUGCCAUAGCUCAUCUUCACAGCCUGAACAGGUUUUACAUUCACACUGCUAUUUCUCUGCACUUUUAACAUAGACAAAAAGUCACUUGAAUGACAACAGGAACUGGAGCUCAGGAACUUGUCAGAAAGAAGCAUUGUUUUAUUGUGCAAACUUUUCAGUGUAUUUGCCCUGCUAGUUACAGGAGCAUGCUUUUUCUUUUUAAUUAGCAGUUGGUUGCACUUGCCACUGCAAAACUCCUCCUUCCCAGCACUGCCACAUGGAGCAGUUUGUUACAUCCCAGUUAACACAGAACAACUCCCA